UUUUUUUUGCCCUCAAAAUUUUAAGGAUUUUUAGGAAUUGUGGAGAAAAACCUAAUUUUCUUUUAUUAUUUUUUGCUGGUUUUCAAGCACAAGAAGGAGAUGAAGAUGGAGUCAAAUCGCAUCACUGGGUUGACGUUACUCUUAAUGGUUUUACAACAGGUGUCUAGCUCUGGGGUCUUCCAAUUGGAGCUUCAUGAAUUUGUCAAUGCCAAGGGGAUGUUGGCAAAUGGAGGGUCGUGUUUACCCAACUGCAAGACCCUCUUCAAGAUUUGCUUAAAACAUUACCAGACGGUGGUCUCUCCAGGAUCCUGCACAUUCGGCAGCGUGGUCACCCCGGUUCUUGGAUUCAACUCAUUCACCAUUAGGGAAACCGAAGGCUUUACCAACCCCAUUAGGCUACCCUUCAACUUCACGUGGCCGAAAACUUUUUCACUGAUUAUUGAAGCUGUUCAUUCUCCUGCAGUGGUUAGAGGUUCCAAUCUCGAAGAACGACUGAUAAGCCAGUUUGCAAUUCAAAAGCCACUUAAUGUAAGUUCAGAAUGGACCAGAGAUGUUCAAAUAGACAAACAGAUCCAACUGAGAUAUUCUUACCGAGUGGUCUGCAGUGAACACUACUACGGGGAAAGUUGUUCAAGACUAUGCAAACCUCGAGAUGAUCGGUUUGGACAUUAUAUCUGUGAGGCUGAUGGCAGCAUAUCCUGUCUGAAAGGAUGGAAAGGGGAAUAUUGCUCAGAACCAAUUUGCAUGGAUGGCUGCAGUGAUCAAAAUGGAUAUUGCAAUAAACCAGGAGAAUGCACGUGUCGUCCUGGUUGGCAAGGAGGUUUCUGCAACGAAUGCAUCCCCCAUAAUGGGUGUCGACAUGGGACAUGUAAAAUCCCAUGGCAGUGCAUAUGUGACGAAGGUUGGGGAGGACUUUUUUGUGACCAAGACCUGAACUACUGUACCCAUCAUAAACCUUGUAAAAACGGUGCCACGUGUAUGAAUACAGGGCAGGGCAGCUACACAUGCUCUUGUCGGGAUGGUUUUAGUGGUGUCAACUGCGAGGAGAAGAUCAACGAGUGUGAUAGCAAUCCUUGCAGGAACGGGGGCAGCUGUACGGAUGUGGAAAGUGGCUAUAUAUGUGAAUGUCCUCAAGGUUAUUAUGGAAUCCACUGCGAAAAUAGUGUAUUAAACUGUGCUGAUUCUCCGUGCUUUAAUGGUGGUACAUGUCGAGAACGAGAACUGGGGGCUAGCUACUCCUGUAACUGCCCAUUGGGCUAUACUGGUUCCAACUGUGAAAAGAAAGUGGACAGAUGUACUAGGAAUUCCUGCCAGAAUGGGGGCCAAUGUUUUGACACUGGUUACACUCAACAGUGCCAAUGCAGUCCUGGUUUUAAAGGCCCGACCUGUGCAAUUAAUAUAGAUGAUUGUGCCAGGACGCCAUGUUCUAACGGAGGGACCUGCUUUGAUUUGAUUGGUGAUUACCACUGUAGCUGUCCACCAGGAUACAGCGGGAAGUCUUGUGAAGUGAAAACCAGUGAGGAGAAAACCAGUGACGAGUGCACCUACAACCCUUGCCGAAAUGGUGGGACAUGCCGUGUAGGGCCCCAUGAAAAUAGACUUACAUGUAUUUGUCCUCCUGAAUACAUGGGAAACCUUUGUGAAUACAUGGAUCCCAAAUACACAAAAGAAGACUUUGACUUUCCUUGGGUGGCAGUGUUCAUGGGGGCUGGCUUGGUGGGGCUCCUAGUCUUAAUGUGUAUGGUCUUGAUGGUUGUCAGACAUUUUCGUCAACAACCCCUGCAGGAUACUAAAGCAAUGAACAAUCUAUCUGAUUUCCAAAAAGACAAUCUGAUCCCUGCAUCGCAACUAAAAAAUAUAAACAAGAAGAAAGAUCUAGAAGUGGACUGCAGUCUAGAAAAAUCUAACUACAAGCUGAAAAAUCACACAUUAGACUAUAACCUAGUGAAUGGACGCCUAAGUGGUAUCAGUAAUGGAAUUGGAAAAGGGGACAAGUUCCAUAUCAGUGAAAAGUCUUUAGAAGAAGAAGAGAAAUUCCCUCUCCGUUUACACAGUGAGAAGCCAGAGUGUAGAAUAUCAACGAUAUGUUCACCAAGGGAUUCAAUGUACCAGUCAAUUUAUGUGAUAGCAGAGGAACAGAACGAAUGUGUGAUAGCCACAGAGGUGUAAGACUUGAGUUGAACACAAAGAAGCGCAACUUACGAGUUUUUUGAUCCUCAAAAGGACAGCUAAAGAAAGAACGCGGUAUGGCUGCGUUGUUUACAAUUCAGGACUUUACUGGACUGGAGGUGAUAUAUAUAAAGAUAUGUUAUCCUCACAUGCAACUUGCUGCUUUCAGAAGAUCGAAUAAUCUGAGCUGAAAGGGGACAAAGAAUGUGAACUUACAAAAUAAAAUACAAUAGGACUUUACUCUUUUAAGCUCCUUGAUCAACUUGAUCAACUGAAUGUAACAAAACUGGAAGAAAAGUUAAAAAAAGAAAAACAAAGCAAAAAGAAAACCGUUAAAGACUUUCUAAUUAUGUUUUUAAGCUACUUCUUGAAGUGUCCUUUAUAUGAAGCUUCACUCCACGUCAUUGUGUACACAUGUAUCUGUGUGGGGCUGACAGCAACGGAUGUUGGCAGACUUUGCCGUUCAACAUACAGUAUGUUGGUUUCAGGAAGGUGGACGAUAUAUGUUUGCUAUGCAGAACUGUUUUGCUAUCACGGUCUUAGUGUUGUCCUCCUGAAUUUAGAAGUGCCUAUAGCAUGUCCAGUAGUCUACAUCAUGCUGACCGAAGUUCAAUGCUCUCCCAUGUAAUACCUGAACAGUAUUAAGCAAAAAUUAUUUGUUUUAUCUUUUUUUUUUUUUUUUUUUUUUUUUUUUACCAUACACGUUCUGCUACAAAGGAAAGGUUUUGGGAUAAACUGGUUGUAAAGUGACAAGUGGACAUAGCUGUAUCUUUAAGACUGAUAGUACAUAAAAAAAUAGUUGUGUGAUGCCCAAGUCUUUGGCAAGAAAUCUACAGUCAAAGCCUUAUAUUGCGUUACAAGUCAAUCAUUCCAGCCACUUUAAAAAAAAAAAAAAUUCCUUUUGCACUACUGAAAAUUGUGGUUAGAAGUGUGUUUUUUCUUCAAAGAAAGAAACCAUGUUAAUCUGGUGAUUUUAUUGUAAUCAUAGCCUUACUCUUGCAAAAAAAAGCCUCAAAACAGCAGUUAUUAACUUAUAAUAUAGGAAUAUUACAAAUUAGCUCCCAUCAGUUUCUCCUUAUAUAUCAAGACUAUCAAGGGGUAAACCUCAACUUGAGUCCCGUUGAAUUCUGAAUAAAUCUCCCUUUGACUUGUUUCCAUCUUUAUUGCAGCAUCAUACUUUAAUUUUUUUAUUUUUUUUAAAGCGAUCCGUUAAACAACUUGCCCAUUGAGCAUGCACAUUUAUAAUUGACCUUAAAGGAGAACGGUCACUUUCCAGGAUUUUUUAUAUGUUUACUUAUAACCCCACCACCCUUUUCCUAUGUAAAUUCCAAGUUAUAGAAUGAUCACUGACCUCCUGCAGCUUCCUGUUCCUCCUGUGAUGUCAGCAUCCAAGCGGACAUAACCCGCAAUUUGCUAUUCAUAGAGGGGCAAUUGAUUGCAGCUAGGCAUGCACAGCCAUAGGCAACCCUCCAAUCAACUACCAGCAGCGUUCGAUUCCAGGACGGAGUUUCACUUUAUUCUGGAGGAGGAAGAACCUCUAGUGGCUGUAAGAAAGAUAGCAACUAGACGAGGAGUCACUCCUUAAUGUAAAAUUGCAAUUUCCAAUAAACUGCAAUGUUUUACAUUACAGGGUUAAAAUGGCAUUGACGUGAAGUGGUCUGGGUGACUUUAGUGGUCCUUUAAUAAAGAAAUGUUAAACAAAAUAUAGCAUCUCAUGAGAAAAAGUUAAUCCAAAUUCUGGGUUAUUUUUUUUUUUUAGUUUUUUUAAAUUCUUUAUUUUUGUUGUGCAAAAUGAAUUACAAACAGGCCGGCAGUGCCACGACAGCAUUCACAGGUAUAUCAAAGCAUUGAGUGUUGUGGCAUAAGAUGCACAAUUUUUAAGUAAGGAAACCAGAUAAUCUAAGUCAUGCCAAAAGAUGAGUACGUAUUAGGGUAAUACAGGGUUAUAUAACUUGGCGCGUUUAGAGGUCAACAUGGGGUAGUUAUAGGACAAUAGUAGCAUGCCUCGGCUUUAGAGCGAUCACCUGAUAUAUUAAUGUGUGAGCAGGAGAUUGUGGGUAAAUGGUGAUGCGUUCAGGCUAUAUGCGCAUUGCUUAAAUUAUGGGUUAUUUUUAAUCAUUUUUUUCAAUGGUUUAAAUUCCAGAGAAGUGACAGUUCCCUUUUAAUUUUAAUUCAUUUUGUGGUUUCUGGACAAAUUAACGAGAAUUGUUCUCUAUGCUACCAAAUAAUGCAUCUUUCUUAUCAUGACAUCACCUUGCAAUAAUGUUUGCAAUAUAUUAAUGCUGUACAGGGCUUGCAGCACUAAACUGAACGACCACCAGCUUUAGCAGCCUAUUACGGGACCUGGAAUCAAUGGAGGAAAAGGAAAAAUAUUAUUCACUACUGAACUUUGACCUUACAUUUUGUGUAGGGUUACCUCCCUCCCCUUCUAUGCUGCAGGAAUUGCCUGCAGGCAUCGUCUUCAUUGGAGAUUUGAGACUGAUAUUCAAUAAUAGAUGUUUUUGGCUUCUUGUCUUUUUCUUUUCUUUUUUUUUUUAAACCUAGCAUUUCAAUAAUUUAAUGAAAAAAAAAUCAAAAGCACUGACGUUUUUACAUUUUUAUAGCAUUGUUUUGUAUAUAAUGUAUAUUUAUAAUCAAAACAAAUGUAAAUAGGUUUUAUUUCUUCUUAUGUCAUGUUUUUAAUG